AGUGCUUGAGAUGUUGAGUCCGGUUUGGCAAGGACAAAGAUGGCUGCUGCUACAGCUACUGCUUCUUCAAUCUCAGCGUGGUUCACUCCUCACGCUUUCGCUCGUCGCAAAACCCGGAACCCUAAAAUUCAGAAACCAGUCCUCCCAGUCCCCGGCGGCGGCGAAGCCACCACCUACACUCGCCUCCCGCUCAAGCACGACUAUUCCGCUCCCUCCCCUCUCUCCUCUCCCGAAAUCAAGCUCUCCGAAACAGCCCCACCGAUCACCCGCCUCCUCCGUAAUCGUAAACCACAAAAUAUAAAACAAGACGACGUCGUGUUCGAAUAUUCCGAUUCCGAACCUGAAAGCGACGGCGAGUAUGAAGCCUUCGACUUUUCGGGAGACGAGAAUGUGGGCGAAGGCGAGGAAGAGACUCCGAGCGUGAAGGAGAAGGGGGUGCCGGCGGUGAUGCGGUGUUUCGACCGGGCGAAGAUAUACGUGAAGUCGGGGGACGGUGGGAACGGCGUGGUGGCGUUCCGGCGGGAGAAGUACGUGCCGAUGGGAGGGCCUUCGGGGGGCGACGGAGGGAGGGGAGGCGACGUGUACGUGGAGGUCGACGGGGCGAUGAAUUCGCUGCUGCCGUUUCGGAACAGCGUGCAUUUCCGGGCAGGGAGGGGAGGCCACGGGCAGGGGAGCAUGCAGAGUGGGGCAAAGGGGGAGGAUCUGGUGGUGAAGGUGCCACCUGGAACGGUUGUUCGAAUGAGUGGCGAGGAUAACGUGCUGUUGGAGAUGGUGUAUCCGGGACAGAAAGGGUUGCUGUUGCCAGGUGGUAGAGGAGGCAGAGGGAAUGCUUCAUUCAAGUCAGGGACUAAUAAGGUCCCCAAGAUUGCCGAGAAUGGGGAAGAGGGUCCUGAAAUGUGGUUGGAGUUAGAACUCAAGCUGGUUGCGGAUGUUGGUAUAGUUGGUGCUCCGAAUGCAGGGAAAAGUACACUUUUGAGUGUUGUUAGUGCUGCAAAGCCGGCUGUUGCUAAUUAUCCUUUUACAACACUGCUUCCGAAUCUCGGUGUUGUUUCCUUUGACUAUGAUUCAACCAUGGUUGUGGCAGACCUUCCGGGUCUACUUGAAGGGGCACAUCGAGGUUUUGGUUUAGGCCAUGAGUUUCUACGGCACACUGAAAGGUGUUCUGCUCUGGUACAUGUUGUUGAUGGUUCAUCACAGCAGCCAGAUCUCGAGUUUGACGCAGUUCGUCUAGAGCUGAAGCUAUUUAAUCCUGAACUUGCUGAGAAGCCUUAUGUAGUUGCUUUUAACAAAAUGGAUCUUCCAGAAGCAUAUGAAAACUGGGAAUCCUUCAAAGAAAAGUUGCAAUCUCGUGGGAUCACACCAUUUUGUAUGAGUGCUGUCAAAAGGGAAGGUACUCAUGAAGUUAUCUGUGCUGCUUAUGAGCUUUUGCGUAAAAGUAAAGAAGACAAGGAGGAAUAUGAAGAUGGAAGAGAUAUGGUAAACUUGAACCAUGUCGCUGCUGCAGUAAAGAAGCAGCGGAGUGCAUCCAUUAGUGAUUUUGAGAUUUUUCAUGACAGAGAUUCAAAUAUUUGGCAUGUAGUUGGAUCUGGAUUGCAACGAUUUAUACAGAUGACGAAUUGGCGGUACAUUGAUUCGGAGAGAAGAUUCCAACAUGUUCUUGAGGCUUGUGGUGUGUACAAGUCUCUCAUGAAACUUGGUGUAAAGGAAGGGGACACGGUAAUUGUUGGAGAGAUGAAGAUGAUAUGGCAUGACUCCUCUGACAAUCCUGGUGCAUCUAGGAUGAAGAAAAUAUCCACAGAUUCAUUUAAAUGGGCUGAAUGGAAGUAAUGCCACUCAUUUUUGGUGUUUCUAGAUUCAUGUGUACUGCAAUUAUGCCAUAGCUGUUCAUGUAGGAAGCAAAUUCAAUCAUAAUGAGGUGAUACUACUAUAGAAGAGAAAGUCAUGGAAAGCUGCAUCAAAAAGCAUAAGGUAAUGCAAACCAUUACAUGGUUGUCCUGUGAUGGGAUGAUGCUCAUAUUCGACUUGAAGCCGAGGUCUUCAUCUGCUCAUAAGUCAGGUACAAGCAGUCGUUGCGGUGCACAUAUAACAUUGUUUGCUAAAAUUGGUUUAAAUCAGAUAACAAACAAACAGAAGAACGUGGUUACUCAUGUAAUUGUAUAAUGAUGUAUUAUAUAUUAUUUUGUAUAGGAUGUAAAAUGCUUAAUAUGAUUACAUCCUUAUUCUUGACAGACUGCUCUCAUGUGGGUUGGAUAUUUCGAUGAAAUUAAAGUGAACAGUCAAAUUUCAAGUUGUCUUAAGUCAUCAAUAAAAACGAUCGAUACUUUCAAGUUUAUGUUCA